UCUGUAAUGCAGGAAUCUGACUGCCAUCAAGUCAACUCAACUGUACUGCCGCAAUUUCUGAUAAACUCAUUAAGAGUUGACGUUUAUCAUUGAAUUAUGGCUUCCUCUGAUGUUGCACGACAGCUGGACACGGGUGCACGCCCCCUCAAUCUGUCAGGCCAUGUCGGCUUUGACAGCCUGCCAGACCAACUGGUCAACAAGUCCACCUGCCAAGGCUUCUGCUUCAACAUCCUCUGCAUUGGUGAGACGGGCAUCGGCAAGUCGACGCUGAUGGACACUCUGUUCAACACCAACUUUGAGAACUUUGAGUCGUCCCACUUUGAGCCCCAGGUGAAGCUGCGGGCUCAGACGUACGACCUGCAGGAGAGCAACGUCCGGCUGCGGCUCACCGUGGUCAACACCGUGGGCUUCGGUGACCAGAUGAACAAACAGGAGAGUUACCAGCCUGUGGUGGACUACAUCGACCGGCAGUUUGAGACGUACCUGCAGGAGGAGCUGAAGAUCAAGCGUUCUCUGCAUAACUACCAUGACUCGCGUGUCCACGCCUGUCUCUACUUCAUCUCCCCAUCAGGCCACUCCCUCAAGUCCCUGGAUCUGGUGACCAUGAAGAAGCUUGACAGCAAGGUGAACAUCAUCCCGGUGAUAGCCAAGGCAGACACCAUCAGCAAGAGCGAGCUCCACAAGUUCAAGAUCAAGAUCAUGAGCGAGCUGGUCAGCAACGGCGUCCAGAUCUACCAGUUCCCCCUCGACGACGAGACCGUCGCUAAGGUCAACACCACCAUGAACGGUCAUUUGCCGUUUGCUGUGGUGGGGAGCACAGAGGAGGUGUCCGUGGGGAACAAGAUGGUCAAGGCUCGGCAGUAUCCAUGGGGCGUUGUGCAAGUGGAGAACGAGAGCCACUGUGACUUUGUGAAGCUGAGGGAGAUGCUGAUCUGUGUGAACAUGGAGGACCUGAGGGAGCAGACACACACGCGCCACUACGAGCUCUACCGCCGCUGCAAGCUGGAGGAGAUGGGCUUUAAGGACACCGGCCCCGAGUGCAAACCCGUCAGUCUCCAGCAGACAUAUGAGGCCAAGCGCCAGGAGUUCCUGGGGGAUCUCCAGAGAAGAGAGGAGGAGAUGAGGCAGAUGUUUGUGCUGCGAGUCAAAGAGAAAGAGGCCGAGCUCAAAGACGCCGAGCGAGAGCUCCAGGGCAGGUUUGAGCAGCUGAAGCGAUUGCACGCGGAGGAGAAGGGCGUGUUGGAGGAGAAAAGGCGCUCCCUGGAGGAGGACCUGAGCUCCUUCAGCAAGAGGCGCGCCGCAGCCCAGCUGCUGCAGGCUCAGAGCCUCAACACCAACGGCAAGAAGGACAAGGACCGCAAAAACUCUGGGUUCAUGUGAGCGCCUCUCGUGUGCCGUCCAGCGAGACGAAGCUACAUCCAACAACCAAUGGCAUUCGACCCUUUCCCCCUCCUCUGACCUAAUUGGCCAGUUCCCUACACUAAUCAGGAAGAUGCCCAAUGCCAAGAAACAGACACUUGACCAAAGUUUUGUUUGCUUUAUGGUGUCUAAUUCUUCUAAUUCCCUCUUCCUGUGGAGUUUAUACCUCUCCUCAGUGUUAUUUUAUAUAUUUAUCUCACCAUUAUUUUGUAUAUUUACCUGUGUCGUUUGAUAUGUAUGCCUCCAUGUAUUCCUCUGCCACUAAAAGACACCAGCAACCAUGUCUUAGUUUGACCUUCUCACACUCCUCUCCCCCUCUUACAUCUCACACUAGUAUUUUUCAUACAACCAGCACUAGUAAGAAAUAAGCCAUAAACCAUGUCUAGAUCUCUAACCCACAGCCCUUGGUUAUACCAGAAUGAUCUGGAAGGAUGAGAGCUAUAUAGUAGCACCCUGUCUGGACGUCCUAGACCGGGGGGACGACGGGGGGACGACAUACUUCAAUGUAUUUGCUAUGUUGUUUACAUCUCUCCUGUCUUCUCAGAUCUACUGAGUUCCCCUUGUCUGGAAGGGUGUUUGUGUAUGUUUGGAAUGUGUAUAGUCGCUGUCCUUGUCUCCGUGUAUUCAUGGUGGCCAUUGAGAUCAGAAGACAUUGAUUUAGCUUCCAAGUAUACAGACGUCCUCUGUGGGGAAUCCAAAUGCGGUCCGGAACGCUCGCGUUCUAAGUGUAUGCUGUAUGUGCCUUAUGUGUGAUGUUAACUUGGUGCUCACCACGGACCCCGUUACACUACCAGUUUACACCCUGCGAAACACGUGCUCGAUCAUGGGGCUUUUUGUACUCUCACAACAAUGUAUUUACACAAACAGUGUUAUUUGUAAAACAACUUUUUAAUACCUUGAAUUAAAACAUUCUUCUUUC